AUGGCCGCCUACAUACCCCAAACGGUCACCCUCGACGGCCGGGAGCUGGCCGCCAUCAAGGCCCACCUUCACGACGACAACAAGAACGACAGCAACACAGCCCUCCGUGUGGCCCUGGAUCAACUGACCACUGAGGCAGACGGCUGGUUGACCCAAGGGCCGUGGUCCGUCGUCGACAAAGCCAAGGCUGGCCCGAGCGGCAACCUCCACGACUACGUCAGCCAAGCACCGUACUACUGGCCCGACCCGGCGCGUGCCAGCGAAGGCGGCUUGCCCUACAUCCAGCGCGACGGCCAGAAGAACCCCGAAGUCCUGACCUACACCGACCGCGUCUACGUCGAAAAAGUCUUUCGCUCGGCCUACGUGCUCGCUCUCGCCUCGUUUUACACCGGCAAUGCCAAGUAUGCCAUACACGCGGCGCGCGUGCUGCGCACCUGGUUCGUGGCCCCAGCCACGGCCAUGCGCCCCAACCUGGAUCAUGCACAGCUGAUCCCGGGCGUCAACACGGGCCGCGCGAUUGGCAUCAUUGACUUUUCGCAGGCGUACGCCAGCGUCUUGGAUGCGGCCAUCCUGCUGCGCGAGCAGAGCACAAAAGGCACAAAAGGCACAGAAGACGGGUGGACGGACGAGGACGACGCCGGCUUCCGGGAUUGGAACCGCUCGUUCCUCGCGUGGCUGGUCGACGGCGCGUUUGGACAGACCGAGCACGCCGAGCGCAGCAACCACGGCAGCUUUGCGGCCAUGCUGGUGGCGACGAUUGCUGCGUACGUCGGCGACACGGACCAGGUCGCCCAGGAAGUAGCCCAUGCCGCGCACACGCACAUCCCGGCAACCAUCGAGGCGGACGGGCGGCAGCCGGCCGAGCUGGCGCGGACACGCAGCUGGCACUACUCGACCUUUAACCUGCUGGCCCUGACACGACUGGCCAUGGUGGCAGACCGGCACGAAGGCGGGGAACGACUGUGGCCCAGCUUGUUUCCGGCUGUUGAGUACGUGCUGCCGGCCGCGACGGGCGGCCGCGACAAGUGGCCGCACCCCGACCUGCAGUUUGAGCAGUUUGCGGCCGCCGACGUUGUGCGUGCCGCUGCGGCCGCCGGCCACGCCGCGUCGCAGGCGGCCGUACCGUUGCUGGCGCUGCCGCCCGACGGUGACAUGUGGCCGUUGCGUCCAGCACCAGAGCAGCUGGACCCGGUCAGGGCGCCAGGACAGACGCCGGGAGCAGCCAAGCCGGGGCAGUAA